UGAGAAAAAGCCUCAGGUUUCCUAGGACCACAUUCCCAUCUCCUUCCACUCGGGAUCCUUCACCCCCCACAUCCAUACACAUACCCGGUCCCUCAGCAUCCCCUACAGACACAGCCGCUCUGGCAGCGCUUGCCUGCAGAUCCCCCAGGCAGGGGCAGUCCUUGCAGCCCCCAGCUCCAUGAUGUGGGAAUUGCGAUCCAUCGCCUUCACCCGGGCUGUCUUUGCGGAGUUCCUGGCGACCUUGGUCUUCAUCCUCUUCGGCCUGGGCUCCGCUCUGAACUGGCCCUCAGCUUCCUCCCCCAGCAUCCUGCAGAUCGCGCUGGCUUUCGGCUUGGCCAUCGGCACGCUGGUCCAAGCCUUGGGGCACGUCAGCGGGGCCCACAUCAACCCGGCAGUGACCGUGGCUUGUCUCAUCGGCUCCCAGGUCUCCUUCCUCCGUGCAGUCUUCUACGUGGUGGCCCAGCUGCUGGGGGCCGUGGUGGGGGCUGCAAUCCUACACGAGAUCACCCCAGCAGACUCCCGGGAAGGCUUGGCCAUCAACAAGCUGCACAACGAGACAACGACGGGGCAGGCAGUGACCGUCGAGCUCUUCCUCACCUUCCAGCUCGUCCUGUGCAUCUUUGCUUCCACGGAUGAACGCCGGGAGGACAACCUGGGCUCUCCUGCCCUCUCCAUUGGCCUCUCCGUUGCUGUGGGACAUCUCCUUGGGAUCCGUUACACUGGCUGCUCCAUGAAUCCAGCCAGGUCUUUCGCCCCUGCUGUUAUAGUCGGAGACUUCAGCGACCACUGGGUCUUCUGGGUGGGCCCCCUGGUUGGGGCAGCCGCAGCCUCCAUCAUCUACAACUACAUCCUGUGCCCGCAAGCCAAGACCUUCUCGGAGAGACUCGCCAUCUUCAAGGGCUUCGAGCCCGAGGAGGACUGGGCAGAGCGCGAGGUCCGGCGGCGGCAGUCGGUGGAGCUGCACUCCCCACAGAGCCUCCCCAGGGGGAUGUCCGAGAAGGUUUAACCCAAGCAUCCCUCCAGGAUGAGAGAGGAGCCGGGGACCUCUGCGUCUGUCCUAGAGCCGGUGAUGGUCAGUGCCUCGCCUCUCCCCUCUCCCCCUUCACUUCUGCUUCUUCAUUUGAGGAACUCAAGUUCCUGGGGAGACGCACUGGGAUGGUCCAGCCCAUCUUGUAUUGUCCAGCUCCCCCCACGGCCAACAGUCGUCUGAUGCUGGGGGGAAACACCAUUAAAUCAAAGCCCCCAGGAACAAGGACACCGCCAUCCAACCCUCCUCCAGCUCCCUCCACGUCUCCCUGGUAGGAGGUAGCGCUCGCUGGAGCUUGGUGCCCUUCACGAAGGGCUCCGAGGUGCUGUGAGGAGUUGUUAUUACAGCCAUUUGCUGGGUGUGGAGGUUGCCACCCGAUGCCUCAUUGCUGUUGAACUCAACUCACCUCUCUCCCGUGCCUUCUCCCUGCGUGGCUGUUUGCACACACACACACACACACACACUGGAGGGCUCAUUCCGGGCCAUAAGUAUCUCAGAAGCUAUAAGUUUGGCUGCUGCAAGGAACCACAUUGCCAUUUAUCACCCCAGAGAUGCCCUUUGGAGGCUUUCCCGAGAAGAUGGGGCUGGAAGCAUGUCCUCGAGUUCAUACUGACCCCAUUGGGGAGCUCUUGCUGGGUCUCUCCUGGGACCUUCUGAUUUUCAGCCCAAAUACAUCCAUGGCUCAUCGGUUCAUGGACCAGUGCUGUCGUUUAGCUUUGAUGCUUCAUCUCUCUCUGGUUUGUGCUUUCUUUCCUCUGUUCCUGUUCCAUCCUGAUUCUCAGAUGUGUAACACAAAGUAUUUCAAGUAUGAUCCUCUCCAUCACUUGUUUCCUACAGCCCAGACCCUUUCCAUGGCUGCAUCACACCAAAGCCUCGUAACCAUCCCAACCCCUUUCUUCUGCUAUUAUGG